AUGAGUGAAAACGUCCCCCAAGUGCUCUCAGUAGCAGAAAUCUACCCAGAAGCUCUCCAAGAGUCUCAAAAACAGCGCUGGGAACACCUCCUCGCAAAGUUCCAAGAGCUCUAUGGCGCCCCUGCUGACUACAUCUCUCGGAGUCCCGGUCGAGUCAAUAUCAUCGGAGAGCACAUCGACUACAUGCUCUACUCCGUGAUCCCCAUGGCCGUCACGGCUGAUUUCCUUCUCGCCGUCCGCCUGGUACCCGGAAGCUCUACAGUCAAGCUCGCAAACGUUCUGCCAAAGUUCCCCACCAGAGAGUUCACAAUCCCGACCACGGGCGAUCUCGAGAUUGAUGCCACACAGCAUGAAUGGAGCAACUACUUCAAAUCUGGACUCCGCGGCGCAAUAGAGCUCCUCCAGAAGAGGGAUGGAACUACCAGACAGGUCGGUAUGGAGAUACUCGCCGACGGCACUGUCCCCUCCGGCGCUGGUCUCAGUAGUAGUGCAGCCUUCACGUGUGCGAGUGCGCUUGCAUCGCUAGUUGCAAUGGGAGAGAAGAUUGUGAACCAAAAGGACCUUGUGAACCUUGCGGUUGUCGCGGAACGAUACGUGGGUGUCAAUUCCGGAGGAAUGGAUCAAUCCGCCUCUGUCCUUGGCCAGGCCGGAUCUGCGCUCUAUAUCAGCUUCCACCCCGCCCUCACCGCACAACCAAUUGCUUUCCCUACCACCUCCCCAGAGCUAACAUUCAUCAUCGCCGAUACCCUCGUCACAGCUGACAAGCACACGACGGGGCCUAUCAAUUACAACCUCCGUGUUGUCGAGUGCACUCUCGCUGCCCAGAUCCUUGCGAAGAAGCUCAACCUCGGCGCACUUCCCGCCGACGCCGGCCCGCUCGGAAACACCCUCAAGGGAUUGAUGGAUGUUUACUACGCCUCUUCCGCCUCGCUCCCACUCGAACAGAAGCUCGAGGCCCUUAUCGACCUGACAAAGAGCACAUUAACCCAAGAAGACGGCUACACACGCGAGGAGAUGGCCGCCAUCCUGGACACGAACGUCGACGAGCUGGUAAGGCGUUAUAUGACCCGCUUCCCCAUCCGCGCUGAACGCUUCAACCUGCGCUCCCGCGCCAUUCACGUCUUCUCCGAAGCCCUCCGCGUCACCCGCUUCCAGGCGCUACUUGCCUCAUCCUCUAACUCCAACUCCGACACCAUCUUGACACAGCUAGGCGCACUCAUGAACGAGUCGCACGACAGCUGCCGGGACCUCUACAACUGCUCAUGCCCCGAACUCGACGAGCUCUGCUCACUAGCAAGGAAAGCGGGCUCUUACGGGUCACGACUGACUGGUGCAGGAUGGGGCGGAUGCAGCGUACACCUGGUGCCGCAGGACAAAGUUGAAGCGGUGAAGGAGGCGUGGAAGAAGGAGUACUACGAAAAGAAGUUCCCAGAUAUGAGCGCUGAGAAGAUUGAGGGUGCAGUAGUCGUGAGUAAGCCCGGGAGCGGUGCGGUGCUGUUUAAAGUCACCGAGUGA